AUGGGACGUACUUUAACUAUGUUGCCAGAGUGUGAUAUUACUCAUGUUCCUGAGAACCGUCUCGAUAAAUGUGUAAUGCCGAGCCGUGGCUGUUUAUUUGUUGGCAUGGCUUUACAAAAGCAUGAAAAUAAAAACAUUAAUAAAGAUUCUUCCAACAUUUCAUCAGUUCAAAGUAUUCCUUUGCAUGACACCACAAAUUCUUUAGAAUUCAAUUCAAAGGAAUCUAAUCAAUCUAGUCGUCAACAUGAUAAGUCUUCUUUUAUGCCUGGAAAUGAAAAUGUACUACCCGAGAAUAGCAUAUAUUUAAAUGAAACUCCAACCAUUUCCAACGAAAACACCUAUAAUCAUUUAUGUCUACCAAGUACUUCUAAUAUUGUUAAUAUGGAUCAGAGAAAAAAUUAUUACAUAUCACCCAUUCGAAGUAACGAAAGCGAUAUAGAUGAUUCCGAUGCUGAUCCAAAUUUUGAUGUCUCUCCAGACAAAUCAUUCUCAAACAGAUUAAUUCCUACAACUAAUAAUUCUUCAGCCAGCAGCAGCAGCAGCAGCUCUUUGACUAGUUCUGACAGUUCCGAUAAUGCAUCUGAGUCUACAGUUUCGAAUAUUGGAGAUAAUGGAGAAAAGAAAGGAAAAAAAAAGAGUCCGAAAACCUGA